GGGCUUGGUCUUGAAGUUUUCAGAUGCAUCUGUAGAUGAAUCAUAACAGCAUCAAGAUGUCGGGACGAUCAGGCCGCGCUGAGACCCGAAGUCGGGCCAAAGAUGACAUUAAAAAGGUCCUGGCGGCCAUCGAGAAGGUGCGCAAAUGGGAGAAGAAAUGGGUGACAGUUGGAGACACAUCCUUACGCAUAUUCAAGUGGGUGCCGGUAACAGAGACAAAGCAGAUAUAUCGCACCAAAUCCACAGGUGGAGAUGCUAGAGGACUGAAAGAUGUGGUCCUGGAAAACACUAAUUCUUUACUGGAUUUCACUGAUGAAAACAGCAACCAGAGUUUUCUGUCAGACGUCUACCAGCCUAAAAUGGAUAACAGCAGCAGCACUUCCAGCUCGCAGCAGGUCAGCCCUCCGCAUACCUCCAGCCUCCGAGCCGAGGACUCUCAGCCACCAAUGCUGGGCCAGGAGAGUGUGGACGAGCCAAUUCAUUCAGGACAGGAUGGAGCUGAUGAGCCUCCCACUCUCAUCAAAGAGGACCUUCUUUCAUCGGGAGCUGUUAGACGGAGCGCCCCAGACACACAGGAGGAGCCGGAUGAAUCAGGAGCCCCUCCUUUAAAGAAGAUUUGCACAGGAGAAAAUCCUGCUCUGAGAUAGCUCAUUUGUAAUAAUUUUGUCAAAAUGCACAUGAUUUCUGUCUUCAGAUUAGCUAAACUUUCAAGAUUAUUCUAAGGUUCUCUUGACCUAUUUACGCAAAUAUCACAUUUCAGCAAAUGAGGAGAAAAACUUAUUUACUGCAAAAUCUUUGUUCACUUUUAAAGUUCUUUAAAGUCUGCUGUUUUAAGUGAUUUCUGAAAUGAAUUGAGAGAUUUUUUUCAAAGUUGUGUGGCAAGUUCUGGCUAUUGCAGGGAGUGUGUAUUGCAAUUCACAUGCUGGAAAUGUUUUGGGCAACUUACUGUUUCCAAUUUAUGCAGUUGAACUUUACUUUUGCAUGUUUCCAUAUCCUUCUGCUUUAUUUGUUAGGUUUACAGGCCAUUUUAAAAAUGUGUUAAAUGUGUAGCUUUAUGCAGAUUGAUGUCUAGAUGUGCCAUUUUAUAUUAAAUAUGAUGCCCUUUCGGGAUCUUAGAUCUUAAAUUGGCUUAUCACAUGCAAGCAAACAAUGCUUUUUAAAAUAUUUAUAAUAUAAUUUGCCCAUGUUUAUAACUGACAACGUUGUAAACCAUAAUAAAUGCUACUUUACAAUUCCA